CAGUUGGUGGCGGUAAUGCGCCAUGUCAGUGUUUGUCGACUGCUAUUAAAGCAUCAAGAAGAGGGAAGAGGCAACAACGUGGUUAUGGAGGUGGACAAGAUGGAGACAAGAGUGCCAGAGUUCCAGAAGUCUGGGGAGAGGGUAACAAACAAUACAAAGACCGAAACUGAUGAUGAAAGAGAUGAUGAUGAAAAUAUGUCAGAUUCCCCAUGUGAGUCUGUGCCCUCCACAAAUGUAACACCCAGCAAGGAGACACAAAGGGAGGAUGGUUCUGACUCUCUGUGUGGAAUAAAAAAAGCAGUGGUGGUCUUGACCCGACUCCCUGAUUAUAAGAUCAGCGCUCUGCGACCACCAACACCUCAGCAGUUUUACAGUGAAGAUGACUCCCUCAGCAGCUCUGAUUCUGAUAUGCAGUGGGAACCAGACGAUGAUUCGAGUGAUUCGGAUUUCUCACUCUCAAACAAUAAAAAGAAAACUGGAAAACACGCCGUGACUGGCUCAGUGAGAAGUAGAAACAACAACAACAAUGUGCCAGAAACAGCCCCAGUAUUUAUAUCUGCGGCUUUUGCCCAUUGCUCCACUGAAACCAGAAAGAAUCGUCCAAACUUGCCAGAAGAAGAGGUCAAAGUGGACAUGAUAGUCCUGGCCAGGAAGAGGUCUAUGAGAUGGCAACGAGCAAAAAUAGUGGAUAUAGUAACAAAGGAAGAUGGACGUCUGAAGUACAAAGUUAGUUAUGAUGAAAAAGGACGGAGCCUGGUGUCUGGCCAUCACAUUGCCUUUGAAACCACACCGAAGCUGGAGCAGCUGUAUGUCGGUGCUCGUGUUGUGGUCAGGUGUCCAGAUAACAAGUUCCGGUUCCGGCCUGGUGUUUUGGCAGAGCUCCCCAGCAGAAAGAACCGCUUAAGGUUCCUGGUUUUUAUGGAUGAUCACACGCCGGUCUAUGUUGGAUUACCUUUAUUUCGCCUGGUCUGCAAACCACUGGAAAAUGUUUUAGAUGACAUUCCAGACUGCCCUCACAAGUCUUUCAUGACCCAAUACCUGAAGGACUGGCCGUACCCACAUUUGACCCAGUACAGGGUUGGACAGAGCAUUAAUGUUGAAAUAAAUGGAGCCCACCAGAGGUGUGAAGUGGAGUUGGUUGACAGCAGCUUGAUUCAGGUCGUUUUUCAGGAUAAUCAACAAAAGGAGUGGAUCUAUCGAGGCUCCAUGCGACUUGAACAGAUGACUAGAUUUUUGGAAAUGAAAGAAGCGGAAGAGCAUAGUGAUGAUUCUGACUAAAGAUAGACUUAUAAUGUGGCUCUGGAAUAAAAAAAAAAAAAUCCCCCUGGUGAUGUACCAUUGGAUUUUUUUAACUUGGUGGAUUAUUACAUUUCCAACUAAAGUUGUGCACUAUUAAAACAUGGUGAGCAAUGAAAUGUGACUUUAUCAUAAAAAAAACAACUUAUUUUAUAAAAAAAAUUUUUUUACAGGGUGACAGACCAUGCCCAGAUUGCAAAUUAAAUGUUGCAUUUAAUGUAUACUGAAUUAAUUGCAAGGUGGCAUUUGUUGGAACAUUAUUACAAAAAAGGUGAGAGAAGGACCUUUAUUGUUUUUUAGUUUGCUAAUUUUGAUUUUUGAAUUUAUGACCUAAACUGCAGCCAGCCACCAGGCAGCGAUCGACAUGUUGUGGUUUCACUUAUACUUGCCACAGAAGAUGUGUAGACUUUCUGCUGUCCUGAUGUCAAUGUUCCAUCAUUGCAGAGCCAGGACGGCAAACAGUUGAGACUUUGUUGAGCUGUAUAUGUUUUUAGCCUUGUAAUUGUCCAGCAAAACCAUGACAUUAGAGUGAAGAGCUUUUCUCUCUUCAUUUUUUUUUUCAUCUAGGCAGUGAUCCAUAUUUUCUCAACAUUAUCCAAUUUGAUUUUUGUUUAAUUGUUUUGUAUUGUUUGUCAUUCAAAAAAAUAUCAGUAAACAUUUUACAGUGUAUAUAAGCUUGACAUUUGCAAGUGUCCUCAGUUUCUUUUCCAGAGAUAAAAAAAUAAUAAUCUCAUUUC